UCUCCUGCAAAGGACGCUUUUCCCAGCCAGAAUUUGCCCACGUAUUCAUGCAACAGACAUUUGCUGAGCGCCACUGGGCUUGUCCUGGUCUGGGGUCACAGGCAGGGGCCGGUUAAACUGGCCAGAGCUUCCGCUGGCCUGAGGAUUCAGGUUGGGGCAGGAGGACAGCUACGACCGGCCAAGGCGAUUGCUGGCCCGCAGCCUGGCUGAGUCCCCUCCUUCCUGUGAGACCCCGGCUCUGCAGCCACCUUGGUUCUAGGACCAAUACCUGGCCUUCUUUCUGACACUGAGGGUACUUGGCUGAAUGUGAUACCCAGACAUACACACGGACACAUAAAAUAAAACAAGACAAUAUUUUUGUUGGAGGAAGAAGAGGGAAAAGGAGAGCGAACUCAGCAGCCACGCACACAGCAGCAGUGGCACAGCAGCCCCGAGAAUCACCGCUGCACGGCAGAGGGGCCCUGCCCAUGGAGCAUCUGCCACUCCAGCACCGAGUUCAGUCUCCAGAACGUGUAGAAAGCCGUGUGCAGUGGUGCACACCUGUAACAGCACUGCUGGGGAGGUGCAGGAGAACUCCGGGAACCCUCAAGCCAGCCCGCCUAGCAAAUCUCAAGCUCCAGGAUAGCAAACUCCAGCAGUCCUCUCGCCUUGCCCUCCUGAGGGUCACCAGGAGGUUGUGUGCCAUCCCAGUCAGUGGCAUUCACCGCUGGGCUCCUGGAAUUUAUUAAGCGGGGAGGACAGUUCCGGGGAGGGCCCUGCCCACGCCCGGUGCAUAAAGGCCCAGCCCAGCCGGCCGCCACCGCCCGCCGCCAGCCCAGACGCCGUCCGCCCGUUACGCGCCACCAUGAGCUCCCACCGCUGCCUCCUGAUCGUGGCAGUGGUGUGCAUCCUGCUGAGCCUGUCAGGAGCUCAAACCGAGAAGGAUCGGAACUGUCCCCCCUGGAAGUGCCCCCAGCACUCAGAAUGUGUCGAUCAGAGAAGCUGUCGAUGCAAAACGGGCUUCUCAAGUGUCGAAGAGCUCAUCACUGAAGCCACUGGGAGCUGUGACGACAUCAAUGAGUGCUUGCAGCGCAGCAAUGUGAUCUGUGGGCAGUUCGCCACGUGCCAUAACUCACCGGGAAGCUACAACUGUACAUGCAACCAGGGAUACCGGCUCCUUUCUGGGAAAACGCACUUUGCUAACAAGAGCGAGAACACAUGUCGAGCACCAGUGGACACUGGGGUGACACCUGCCCCCUCUAGGAGCCAUACAGUUACUGCUGCGCCUGGAAACCUCCCUAAGCAGCCUGCUACAGUACACCCAUCGACACAGCCUGGAGACCCAGGAGAAAAGACACCCAAGGAUGUGAAUGAAUGCACCUCCGGGCAAAACCACUGCCACCAAUCCACCCAUUGCAUCAACAAGUUGGGCAGUUAUUCUUGCGUCUGUCGCGAAGGCUGGAAACCUGUUCUCGGAUCCCCCAAUGGCCCAAUCAACACAGUGUGUGAAGAUGUGGAUGAGUGCAGCUCUGGGCAACAUCAGUGUCACAGCUCCACCGUCUGCGUCAACACCCUCGGUUCCUACAAGUGCCGCUGCCACUUAGGUUGGAAGCCAACCUCUGGGUCCCUCAAUGGUCCAAAGAACACCACCUGCCAAGAACUGCCCUUCCCUACCUGGACACUGCCGCUCACAGCCCAGAGCCAGAGUCUCUCCCAAUUCUCUGUUGAAGUCCAGAAUUUGCUCAGAGACUUCAAUCCAGCCACAGCCAACUACACCAUCCAGAAACUCAUUGAGGCCAUGGAUAAGCUCCUGGAAGGCCCCAUGGAUAAAGAGAAUCUAACCGCCACUGACCGCCACCAAGUGGCCACUCAGUUGCUCAAGAAUAUGGAGCAAAGCAUUCGGACCCUGGCCCAGUUCUUACCCAAAGGCUCCUUCACUUACACAUCCCCUUCCAACACUGAACUGUCUCUGAUGAUCAAGGAGCAAGACAGCAAAGAUGUUACCACAGUGUACCACAGCCAAGGUUGGAUGAAACUGGACUGGGCUGUGACAGCUGGAUCCAAAAGCUCAGAAAAUGGCUACUCCUUGGCCGGCAUCCUGUCCAUUCCAAACAUGCAGAAGCUGCUGGCUAAUGCCUCCAUGAACCUGAACCAGAGUCGGGAUAUACUGGAGGAACACUUCGAAAGCCAGGUUCUAGGUGUUUCACUCACGCUCCUCUCAAACAUCACUUCCAUUUUUCUGACCAACACGGACACUGGGAAGCUCGCCUCGAACGUCACAUUCAACUUCUCCUUCCAUCCUGUGUUAAUAAGGCCACGUGAAGAGCUGAUAUGUGCCUUCUGGGACACUGGUGACUAUGGGAGUGGGCGCUGGGCCACCAACGGCUGUUCAAUAAGUGUCACCACUGGUCUCUGCCACUGCAACCACCUGACCAGCUUUGCCAUCCUGAUGGCCCAGUACCAUGUAAAGGACUGGAGACUGGAGUUGAUCACCAAAGUGGGGCUGUCGAUUUCCCUCGUUUGCCUGCUGCUGUGUAUCGUGACCUUCCUCCUGGUGAAGCCCAUCCAGAGCUCUCGAACCAUGGUGCACCUGCACCUGUGCAUCUGCCUUUUCCUGGGCUCUGUCAUAUUUCUGGUGGGCGUGGAGAAUGAAGGGGGCCUGGUGAGCACACGCUGCCAAAUGGUAGCAGUGCUGCUACAUUACUUAUUCCUGGCUGCCUUCUGCUGGAUGGCCCUGGAAGGCGUAGAGCUCUAUUUCCUUGUGGUGCGUGUGUUCCAGGGCCAAGGCCUGAGUACACUGUGGCGCUGCCUGGUCGGCUAUGGGGUGCCCCUCCUCAUCGUGGCCAUCUCAGCAGCUGCCAGAAUGAACGGAUAUGGGCACCCAACAUACUGCUGGUUGAACUAUAGGAUAGAUGGCUUUCUCUGGAGCUUUGUGGGACCCCUGGCCUUCAUCAUUUUUUGUAACUCUGCCAUUUUCGUGAUCACUGUCUGGAAGCUCACAACCAAGUUUUCUGAAAUCAACCCAAACAUGAAGAAAUUAAGGAAGGCCAGGGUGCUGACCAUCACAGCCAUCGCCCAGCUCCUGGUGCUGGGCUGUACCUGGGUCUUUGGCCUGCUCCUCUUUGACCCCGACAGUACAUGGCUGUCCUACAUCUUCACCCUGCUCAACUGCCUGCAGGGCCUCUUCCUCUAUGUGAUGCUCUGCCUGCUCAACAAGAAGGUGAGGGAAGAGUACCGGAAGUGGGCCUGCAUGGUUGCUGGUAACAAGUACUCCGAGUUCAGCUCUUCCACAACAGGCACUGGCAACAGCCAGAGUCAAACUCGGGCUCUCAGGCCCUCGGAAUCAGGAAUGUGAAGGCCAGUUCCAGCCAGGUCAGCAGCACACACUCAAGGCUGUGUGUCACGCUUCUGCCUUCUGUUCCUGCUAACUUCCCUGCUUUGCCCCCAUUUCUGAUAGAGAAGGGAUGGACACCUGGCAGAGUUCCACAACAGCGUGAAGGGGCCACUGGACCUGCUUCUGGUUGCCUCUUUGCCCCAUCACAGCUAAUGCCUACCACAGGAACAGGAGGCAGCCAGCAUGGACCUGCAGCCACUGCCCUGGGACACGAAGCAGGCAGUCCUAGGGACAGAGUGCAGGUCCCUUAACCUGGGCUCUUUGCAACUACCUUUGGCACAUAAGAGGUCAGGGUAUUGGGUUCAAGUUCCUUAAGCUAAGACUGAUGCUAUGUCAGCCAUUGAUUCUGCCUGCUGUUGCGGCUCACGGUACAGAGACCCAGCUGACCCACUUCCAGGGCAGAAGGAUCUCACAGGUAGAAAGGUUAUAUAUAUGUUUUAUAAUCUUUUUAAAACUUAUCAAUGUUGACACAUAAAAUUAAAUAUACUGAUGAAAAAAAGGUGGAAUGCUUAUUGGUGGCUUGACCUCUGAGUCCAUGAAAUGCUGACCAAGAGAAGAAAGAAGGAUCUGGAGCCAGGCAUCCACAAUAAAAGUUUAUUCUUACACAGCUACAGCUUUGAAACAAUAAAAAGAUACACCCAUUUGUCGUGUGGGGAGAGGAUCUGAAGCAGCAGGUGGGUUGGCUGCACACACAUAAUAGUUAUCGGCUCUGUUCGACUGUGAAGACAAGAAGAGUGAGGCAGUGAGGAGGAGGGCCUUUGCUCGGGAAGCCCAGCUGUGCCCAGGCUGGCCCCAGGCACUCACUGUACGUGGAGAUAUCAAUCUCUUCUGGAAGCUCUGCCACAUUCACUUCAAAGCGGUCCUGAACAUCAUUGAGGACUUUGGCAUCGUUCUCAUCGGAUACAAAAGUGACUGCCAGGCCUUUGGUACCAAAGCGA